CCCUGAAUUCAAUCCGAAGACUGCAUUCUAUGGCUGGCUUUCGAAGACCUUGUCCUAGACGCAUUUCUUUAGGGUUGGCCACCCACGUACAGUGCAGUAGCCCCUAAUAUCGACUUUUAAGUGGUUCCUAAAAGUAUUCUAGAGGCGCCUCAGGUAUUCUAGAGGCUCCUCCGCAAGUGGCUGCGUACUUUCAGCGUGGCGCGAUUUCUCGUCCUCACAAGUCCAGAAUCGCAAACGGUCUCCGACAUCGGCGAGGGCAUUUGGGACCCCACCAUCCCUCAUUUUUGUGACGUACUACCUAUCCCUACCUAUCCGCCAUGCGAAUCCAUUUUCCACAUCCAGCAGCGUCGACGGGCUUCCUAGCGUCGCUCCUCUUUCGGGUCGGACGCCUGUCGAGACGACGCUCUGCCUGCCUACUUCUAGUGUCAUCGUGCCUUGUCAUUUCUUUCUACACGUCAGCAGCAUCUCAAACGUGUGUGACCUCCUUUCUACGAGGCUCGGGCAUCUUGGCCUCCCUCGUAAUUUCCGACUCCUCCGAAUCCUGCCCGGGGAUUUUCGUUCAGCUGACCGUGGCGGGCAAUGUCGAAAGUUUCCCUCUCUCUCUCAUGGUGGAGCAGCCCAACAGCGCAGCAGCAGCACCAGGAGGGGCUGCCAUGAAAACCGCCAGAAAUCGAGAACAACUCUUCCGGUUUGACUCCGAGUGGGUGAGGGCAGCACCCACCGUAUAUUCGGUGCACACCUGCCAGCCCGACCUCACCCUCCCCCUGCCGUCUCUGGCCCUCCAUAAAGCGUACCUGUGGCCGGCAGAGAUGGAGUGGUGGGUCGUGGCGUCAGGGGAAAUGACUGUAGCGCCUGGUGACCCUCUGGGAGAUUCCUCCCCUCCGCCGCACUUCCGUGCCCCGAAAUAUGGGGCUGCGUUUGCGAGGGAGGGAGUGGUGUACGGCGGGGCUUAUGUCAGCGAGCUACAGUUCAUCUCUCGUGUGGAGCUAAGCUAUACAAUCACUCUUGUUGGACCUUCCAACAACCCUGAUGCAUUGGAGUUGGUCUUUUUCCGCAGCCCUCAAGAUGAUCGGCCAAGUCGCCUGCCUUUGCCGUGCAACUGGUUUUCCUCUCUGCCCAAUGUGUGGAAGUGCUAUGGCAUAUCCUCUCUUUCGUACACGCGUCUGGGGCUAUUAUAUGAAGGGCAAACAUCUGGAGUUAUAUUCCAGGGAAUAGGGUUGAGAAUAGGUGAGGUGGAGGUGGAAGGAAAUCUGAGUGCCGUGCCGCAUAAAAGACAAUGAAGAAUUUAUUGUUUGUCGUACAUAUCAUUCCGGUAGCUUCAAUUGUCAUAUUGAGAUCAACAUUGCAAUCUG